AAUGGGUUAUGACGCUGAAGUCAGCCACAGGCAUGUGUGUCUUGAAUGUCACAUGAUGGAAGCUUCGUGGUGGGUUUGGUGCUUGAUUGAACAGCUGUGUCGCAUUCAACUCACACGAAUCCCGAAUCCCGUUAAGGAAGAGAAGUCUAUGAAUGUCAAUCUCGGGACCGUUGGUUUAUCCAAAGGAGAGACAUUAUUUGUGGGCUGCAUUUCGCAAAAGCGAACUCUUGUUUUUUUGUUUAAUCAGUGAAGCUUCAUAGGCUAUCCAUAUCCCCAACGGCUGCCGCUGCCCAAUUGCUGGCGCCAGGCUGAAGUGGAAUGCGCACUAGUAUUGUCCUGCCGCCCAUCCACUGCGCACUGCAUCUCCGCGAGUCAACAGUAGACAAGUGGAGAGCAACGCGGGAGAAACAGUAUUGUAAGGAAACGAGCGCUUUCCUCGACGAGACUUCUUUGUGAAGUUUCUCUUUCUGCCGGCGGCGCCCCCUGCAGUUGUGGAUGUGGUAUGACCCUGUGUGGCAGGAAGGUGUUGACGGUGCUGAGCAGCGUGUUCGCUGUGUGUGCCCUGGGCCUGCUGGGCGUCGCUGUCAGUACUGACUACUGGCUCUAUCUGGAGGAGGGCGUCAUCCUGCCCCUCAACCAGAGUACCGAGUUACGCAUGUCCCUGCACUCGGGCCUCUGGAGGGUCUGCUUCACAGCUGGUGAUGAGAAGGGCCGUUGUUUCACCGUUCAGUAUGUGAUGCCCACCAACGUGCAGCUGACCUCUGAGUCUACAGUUAGUGUGCUGAAGAUGAUCCGUUCAGCCACUCCCUUCCCCCUGGUGAGUCUCUUCUUCUUGUUCAUCGGUUUUGUCCUGAGUAACGUCGGACACAUCCGGCCCCACCGCACCAUCCUGGCCUUCAUCUCCGGAAUCUUCUUCAUCCUCUCAGGUCUGUCUCUGGUGGUGGGCCUGGUGUUGUACAUCUCCAGUAUUAAUGAUGAGAUGUUGAACAGGACCAAGACCAACGAGGCCUACUUCAGCUACCAGUACGGCUGGUCCUUCGCGUUCGCUGCCAUCUCCUUCCUGCUCACUGAGACGGCCGGCGUCAUGUCCGUCUACCUGUUCAUGAAGCGCUACACGGCCGAGGAGAUGUACAGACCCCACCCGGGCUUAUACGGGCCGCGCCACAGCAACUGCUCCGACUACUCUGGUCAGUUCCUCCACCCGGACACCUGGAAUCAGCGCGGCCGCAGCCCCUCCAGCAUCUCCAGCGAAGCCUCGCUCCAGAUGAACCACUCCCUCCACUCCAACUACCCAGCGCUCCUCAAGUGUCCCGAGUACGACCGCAUGUCCUCCUCCCCAUGCUGAGGCCCGCGUGAAGCCCUGGAGCCUGGGCGGCGGUUUGCUCACACAUCCCCAGGAAGGGAGAGUCUGGCUGGGUUGCUGAGGCUGUAGACUAGGUUGGUCGGUCUAGAGGGUGGCGAUUGGGGGAGGCUGAUGGGGAGGCGUAUCUUUUUCCACGUGUGUGACGGCCUAUUUUGAAGUCCUCUUGUAGUGCACUUUUCCCGAGUUUUGACACAUUUGUGAGAUGACGACCCCCACAGCCGACCUUCCCUCUCUGGUUUUACUCAAAGUACAGUAGAAGUAGUGAUUCCCAAUCAGACCUUGUUCACCUUCGCCAUACAGCACGUUCUCCAUCUUGGUCAAUAUAUAAGCCGAUAUCUCCCCGGUAACCCAAAUAGGACUUUCUGUCAACUGUAUAACUUGUCAGAUAAUAUGAUACCAUAAGCGGGGAGUUUGAAAGUGAAAGGUUGUCCUCUAUUUUAUUGUUUCAUCUUGAUUCUAUUUAUUAUGACUGUGGUUUAAUCAUACUUCCAGAGAAAUACUUGUUUAUUACUUCUUUUCAUCGUCCAUCUCAUGCUCAAACACUGUUGUACUGUCAACGAAGACACACAGAUAAAGUUUUUUUUUUUUUUUUUUUUUUUUUUUUAAA